AUGGCUGCAGCUGCCGCAGAAGAGGCUUUGGCUAACCCCAGCCCCCACCCGGAUUCCAUCAGAGACGACGACGACGACCACAACGGAGGAGAAGAACACACUUACCCUGUGCAACGCCCGAAUAAACCCGAGCCCGACGUCCCAGAAGAUUCAGAAAGAUCCCCCAUCGUUCAGCACAUCAAGUAUCUAGAGCAGUACCCCAUCGCCCAGUUCUGCUCCAUCGCUGGAGUAGAUUGCGAAGUCGCCCAAAAGUACCUCGACAUGGCUGGAGGCGAGUUCAAGAGAGCCCUCGACCUAUACCACGACUCUCAGAACGACUGCAAGGGUGUCUUACUCGCUCGCUUCGUCACCAAGACCAAGGCUACCCUCGAUGAAGCCAAAUACUGUCUGAAGUAUUGCAAGAAAGACUACGAAAAAGCCUUGCGCUUCUAUGCAGCAACACAGAAACACUCCAUCCAGAGUGUGAAGAGCAUCUUCAAGCAUGAUGAAGAACAGCGCGAACACUUGAGAAAGGCCAUUCAAUCAGAGAAUGCCAAGGGAGUGCCUCACUCGGCAUUGUUCACGCUGCGCUGCGCAACCGAGAAGUCCGCCCUUGCUUCAACCAACUUGCCCAAUGAUCAGCUUGUCCGUCUUUGGAUCACCCGUAUCCCUGGCGUCAUUACCGCUUACUACGAUGCCAAAGCAACCGUGUCUUCAAUCACAUACACCGACAUCCGUCCUCAGAUCCGCAGAUGGGAAGGUGAGAAUCAAGAGACACUGGUCAAGCUGUCUGCACUUCUCGAGGACCUCAAAGACACCGUUCGCAAGAAUCAAAAGAUGAUACUGAGUGUGGUCGCCAAAGACAAGUUGGAGGUUCGCAAGGCAAGCAGUGUGGAAUACGACGUCCUGUCUACCUACCAUAAGAUCCAUUGGUUGCAUCAUACUAGAGAAGACGAUGACGAUGACGAUGACGAAGACGGCGGCACUCCAAGCUCUGACGACGUAUCUGAAGAGUAUGAAGACGAAGAUGAAGAUGAAGAUGAAGAAUCUGAAGAGGAAUCGGAGGCAGGCAGCUCGGUCACAAGCUCUGACUGGGGAGAGGAAGGCAGUGGCGAAGGACCCAGCGAAGGCGCUAGCGGUGAUAUUGACAAGGGAAAUGAUGGAGGCAAGGAUAUCGAGUGUGAUGACGGCGAGAACAUGAAGGAGUGA